GAAGAGCUCGCAGCACCGCCGGGCGCCCGUCGGGCUCUGGGGGAGAGAAGGAGAGAAAUCCGGUUAAAAUCGGAGUCGGAGGGAGGUUUAACCACAGAUCGGUUCCGAUCGGAUUAGUCCUUAAAGGGGACGCGCCAUUGUCAAGAGAACGGAGCCUCGGGCCCGAGGGCGGGGACGGCGGCGCCGGAGGAGCGAGGCGGCUGCACUUGGACCAGGGACCGAGCUGAAGCCAUUUAUUGGAAUCUUGGAUGACUAACAGCUAAAUGCUUAAUUCUCAAAACUACUCAAGAGUCAAAAAGUCAGGAUUAGAUGAUCCAGGUCACCACCAAGAAAUUAUUGUCUCACGUGAUACGCUUCAGCACCAGUCAGCAAAGUGAAUAAGUAUUGUGGUUCUUCCCACUUUCGUUCCACUUGGGGGAAGAAGAACAUCAUCAUGUCAAACAUUACAGUUGACCCUGAUGUCAAGCCUGGUGAAUAUGUCAUCAAGAGCCUCUUUGCAGAAUUUGCUGUUCAAGCUGAAAAGAAAAUUGAAGUUGUAAUGGCUGAACCCUUGGAGAAGCUAUUGUCCAGAUCUCUUCAGAGGGGUGAAGAUCUACAGUUUGAUCAGUUGAUAAGCUCUAUGAGCUCAGUAGCAGAGCACUGUCUCCCUUCCUUACUCCGCACCUUGUUCGACUGGUACAGACGCCAAAAUGGAACUGACGAUGAGUCUUACGAGUACAGGCCUCGGUCUAGCACCAAGUCUAAGGGGGAUGAACAGCAACGUGAAAGAGAUUAUCUUCUUGAAAGGAGAGACUUAGCAGUAGAUUUUAUUUUUUGUUUAGUUUUAGUUGAAGUUCUAAAGCAGAUUCCUGUUCAUCCUGUACCUGAUCCCUUAGUUCAUGAAGUUCUAAAUUUAGCUUUUAAGCACUUUAAACACAAGGAAGGAUAUUCAGGAACCAACACUGGGAAUGUGCACAUUAUUGCAGAUUUAUAUGCAGAGGUCAUAGGGGUUCUUGCCCAGUCAAAGUUUCAGGCUGUAAGGAAGAAGUUUGUGACAGAAUUAAAAGAACUGCGACAAAAGGAGCAAAGCCCACAUGUGGUGCAAAGCGUCAUCAGCUUAAUAAUGGGAAUGAAAUUUUUUCGAGUAAAAAUGUAUCCUGUAGAAGAUUUCGAAGCAUCAUUUCAGUUUAUGCAGGAAUGUGCUCAGUAUUUCUUAGAAGUGAAAGAUAAAGAUAUAAAACAUGCACUUGCUGGUUUAUUUGUGGAGAUUCUUAUUCCUGUAGCUGCUGCUGUUAAAAAUGAAGUGAAUGUUCCCUGUUUGAAAAAUUUUGUGGAGAUGCUUUAUCAGACUACUUUUGAACUGAGCUCCAGAAAGAAGCAUUCAUUGGCUUUAUAUCCACUAAUUACCUGCCUUUUAUGUGUCAGUCAAAAACAGUUUUUUUUAAAUAACUGGCAUAUUUUCCUACAAAACUGUUUGUCACAUUUAAAGAUGCCAUCUAACAACAGUAUCAGAAAGCAAAUAGAAACACUCCAGAAUAAAGAUCCUAAAAUGUCUCGAGUUGCACUGGAAUCGUUGUAUAGAUUAUUGUGGGUUUAUGUAAUUAGAAUAAAAUGUGAAAGCAACACUGUAACUCAAAGUCGUCUUAUGAGCAUAGUGUCAGCACUUUUUCCAAAAGGCUCGCGAAGUGUGGUUCCUCGUGACACACCUCUCAAUAUAUUUGUGAAGAUUAUUCAGUUCAUUGCUCAGGAACGUUUGGAUUUUGCAAUGAAAGAAAUCAUAUUUGAUCUUCUCAGUGUUGGGAAAUCUGCUAAAACUUUCACCAUUAAUCCAGAGAGAAUGAACAUCGGCCUCAGGGUCUUCCUAGUGAUAGCGGACAGUCUGCAGCAGAAGGACGGCGAGCCGCCCAUGCCGACCACUGGAGUUAUCCUUCCCUCAGGAAAUACCCUCCGUGUAAAGAAAAUUUUUCUCAAUAAAACCUUGACAGAUGAGGAAGCAAAAGUCAUAGGAAUGUCAGUUUAUUAUCCUCAAGUAAGGAAGGCAUUAGACAACAUCCUCAGACAUCUGGACAAGGAAGUUGGGAGACCGAUGUGUAUGACCAGUGUGCAGAUGUCCAACAAGGAGCCUGAAGACAUGAUCACGGGGGAAAGAAAGCCCAAAAUUGAUUUGUUUAGAACUUGUAUUGCUGCUAUUCCAAGGUUGAUUCCUGAUGGUAUGAGCAGAACUGACCUCAUUGAAUUGUUGGCAAGGCUCACAAUUCAUAUGGACGAAGAGCUUCGAGCUCUGGCUUUCAAUACUCUGCAGGCACUAAUGCUUGAUUUUCCAGAUUGGCGGGAAGAUGUUCUUUCAGGAUUUGUUUAUUUUAUUGUUCGUGAAGUGACUGAUGUCCAUCCCACGCUUCUCGAUAACGCGGUAAAGAUGUUGGUGCAAUUAAUAAACCAGUGGAAACAAGCUGCCCAAAUGCAGAACAAAACCCAGGACUCCCAGUAUGGUGUAGCUAAUGGAGCUUCCCACCCCCCUCCUCUGGAAAGGAGCCUGUACUCUAGUGUGUUCCAUGUGGUUGAAGGCUUUGCACUCGUCAUCCUCUGUAGCAGUCGCCCUGCCACUAGGAGAUUAGCCGUCAGUGUCCUUAGAGAAAUACGGGCUUUAUUUGCACUUUUGGAAAUACCUAAGGGCGAUGAUGAAUUAGCCAUAGAUGUGAUGGACAGGCUGAGCCCAUCCAUUCUUGAGAGCUUCAUACAUCUCACAGGGGCUGAUCAGACUACUUUGCUCUAUUGCCCCAGCUCGAUAGAUUUACAAACAUUAGCAGAAUGGAGCUCUUCUCCCAUUAGCCACCAGUUUGAUGUCGUUAGUCCAUCACACAUAUGGAUAUUUGCACAUGUGACCCAAGGCCAAGACCCCUGGAUCAUAAGUCUCUCCAGUUUUUUAAAGCAAGAAAACCUCCCUAAACACUGCUCUACAGCUGUGAGCUACGCCUGGAUGUUUGCAUACACAAGACUUCAGUUGUUAUCUCCACAAGUUGAUGUAAAUAGCCCCAUCAAUGCUAAGAAGGUUAAUACCACCACAAGCAGCGACUCCUACAUCGGCCUGUGGAGAAACUAUCUGAUUCUUUGCUGCAGCGCAGCGACCUCAGCGACAUCGUCCACGUCUGCAGGUUCCAUGCGGUGUUCUCCUCCUGAGACGCUGGCGUCUACCCCUGACAGCGGCUAUAGCAUUGAUUCUAAAAUUAUUGGAAUCCCAUCCCCCUCAUCCUUAUUUAAGCACAUUGUUCCAAUGAUGCGCUCUGAGAGCAUGGAAAUCACUGAGUCCCUAGUUCUAGGACUUGGCCGGACCAACCCAGGAGCUUUCAGGGAACUAAUAGAUGAAUUACAUCCCAUAAUUAAAGAAGCACUUGAAAGAAGGCCAGAGAAUAUGAAGCGGCGCAGGCGUCGAGACAUUCUGCGAGUCCAGCUGGUGCGAAUAUUUGAACUGCUGGCAGAUGCUGGGGUCAUUAGUCACAGUGCAAGUGGUGGCCUUGAUAAUGAAACACAUUUCCUCAACAACACUUUAUUGGAGUAUGUCGAUUUAACUAGACAACUCCUGGAAGCAGAAAAUGAGAAAGACUCUGACACACUGAAGGAAAUCCGAUGCCAUUUUAGUGCCUUAGUGGCGAAUAUCAUUCAGAACGUUCCAGUGCACCAGAGAAGAAGUGUUUUUCCUCAACAGAGCCUUCGUCACAGUCUGUUUAUGCUGUUCAGCCACUGGGCAGGUCCUUUUAGCAUCAUGUUUACGCCCUUGGACAGAUACAGUGAUAGAAAUAUGCAAAUUAAUAGACACCAAUACUGUGCAUUAAAGGCUAUGUCUGCUGUGCUGUGUUGCGGCCCUGUUGCAGACAAUGUGGGAUUGUCAUCAGAUGGCUAUUUGUACAAGUGGCUGGAUAACAUUUUGGACUCUAUGGACAAAAAGGUUCAUCAGUUGGGCUGUGAAGCAGUAACGUUGUUGCUAGAGCUGAACCCUGAUCAGAGCAACCUCAUGUACUGGGCUGUGGAUCGCUGCUACACGGGCUCCAAGAGGGUGGCAGCCGGCUGCUUUAAAGCGAUAGCUAAUGUGUUCCAGAACAGGGAUUAUCAGUGUGACACAGUGAUGCUGUUAAAUCUGAUACUGUUUAAGGCAGCUGAUUCAUCUAGAAGUAUCUACGAAGUUGCUAUGCAACUUUUACAGAUUCUGGAACCGAAGAUGUUUCGCUAUGCUCACAAAUUGGAGGUUCAGAGAACAGACGGGGUACUGAGCCAGCUGUCGCCUCUGCCACAUCUGUAUUCUGUUUCUUAUUAUCAAUUGUCCGAGGAAUUAGCCAGGGCGUAUCCUGAGCUAACGCUCGCCAUAUUCUCAGAGGUGAGCCAGCGGAUCCAGACAGCCCACCCCGCCGGGCGCCAGGCGAUGCUGCACUACCUUCUGCCAUGGGUGAACAACAUCGAGCUGGUGGAUCUAAAACCUUUGCCCACGUCAAAGCGACAUGAGGAAGAGGAAGAUGAUUCGUUGAAAGACCGAGAACUCAUGGUGACUAGCAGGCGCUGGUUACGGGGAGAAGGCUGGGGGUCCCCACAGGCCACUGCGAUGGUUUUGAACAAUCUGAUGUAUAUGACAGCAAAGUAUGGCGAUGAGCUGGCCUGGUCGGAGGUGGAGAACGUGUGGACCACACUUGCAGACGGCUGGCCGAAAAACCUGAAGAUAAUUUUGCACUUUUUGAUCAGCAUUUGUGGGGUGAAUAGUGAACCAAGCCUCUUGCCUUACGUGAAGAAAGUGAUUGUGUAUUUAGGGAGAGACAAAACAGUGCAGUUGCUGGAAGAGCUGGUGGGUGAACUGCAGCUGACGGACCCGGUCAGCUCCGCGGUCACACACAUGGACAACCCCCCAUACUACCGCAUCACUUCCAGCUGUAAAGUCCCUUCUGUCACCUCAGGAACUACUUCCAGUAGCAAUACAAUGGUGGCGCCCACAGACAGCAGUUCUGAUCACAAGCCAAUGAAAGAGAGCGCUGAGGACAGCUAUGUGCACCUGGACACGUACGGUGGACUCAACAGUCAUUUGAACCGUCAGCACCACAGGCUAGAAUCUCGGUACAGUAGCAGCUCUGGAGGAUCUUAUGAAGAAGAAAAAAGUGAUUCAAUGCCACUUUAUUCUAAUUGGCGACUGAAAGUGAUGGAGCAUAACCAAGGAGAGCCACUGCCCUUCCCACCAGCUGGAGGCUGCUGGUCGCCACUGGUGGAUUACGUGCCUGAAACGUCAUCACCUGGAUUACCUCUUCACAGGUGUAACAUAGCGGUGAUCCUUUUGACCGAUCUGAUCAUUGAUCAUAGUGUGAAGGUGGAAUGGGAAAGCUACCUCCACCUUCUUCUUCAUGCAAUUUUUAUAGGGUUUGACCACUGCCACCCUGAGGUGUAUGAACAUUGCAAACGCCUGCUUCUGCACUUAUUAAUAGUAAUGGGACCCAACAGUAACAUCCGAACUGUUGCUUCUGUCCUCCUCAGGAACAAGGAGUGUAAUGAGCCCAGGGUGCUCACUGUCAAACAAACUGCACACUUAGAUUAUACUUUCACAGCAGGCAUUAACGAUUUUAUACCUGAUUACCAGCCGUCCCCUAUGACUGACUCAGGGCUUAGCUCAAGUUCUACCUCUUCUAGUAUCAGCUUAGGAAAUAACAGUGCUGCCAUUUCACAUCUGCACACCACUAUCCUCAAUGAGGUCGACAUCUCAGUGGAACAGGAUGGGAAAGUCAAAACCCUCAUGGAAUUCAUUACCUCAAGAAAAAGAGGACCCCUUUGGAACCAUGAGGACGUUUCCCCUAAGAAUCCUAGCAUAAAGAGCGCGGAGCAGCUAACUACGUUUUUGAAAUACGUAGUUUCUGUUUUUAAGCAGUCAAGCUCAGAAGGAAUUCAUUUGGAACAACAUCUUAGUGAAGUUGCUCUGCAGACAGCACUUUCUUGUUCUUCUCGACACUAUGCUGGGAGAUCCUUUCAGAUUUUCAGGGCCCUAAAGCAGCCUCUUUCUGCAACUACGCUUUCUGACGUUCUCUCCAGACUGGUGGAAACUGUAGGGGAUUCAGGAGAAGACGCACAGGGAUUUGUGAUUGAGCUGCUUCUCACGUUGGAAUCUGCAAUCGACACUUUGGCUGAAACCAUGAAGCAUUAUGAUCUUCUUUCUGCCCUUUCUCAAACCUCAUACCAUGAUCCUAUGAUGGGAGACAAGUAUGCAGCUAACAGGAAAAGCACUGGACAGCUCAAUCUAAGCACGAGUCCCAUUGACAGCAGCAGGUAUUUGGGACACCACAGUAAUGCCAGAAGUAACUCUUUGAGACUGAGUUUAAUCGGUGACCGAAGAGGUGACCGGCGGCGCAGCAACACACUGGACAUCCUGGAUGGACGGAUAAACCACAGCAGCAGUCUAGCGAGGACGAGAAGCCUCUCCUCUCUGAGAGAGAAGGGAGGGAAUGACGUGCAGCCCACUACUGAGCCUGCCAACUUGAUGGCCACGAUUUUCUGGAUAGCAGCAUCCUUAUUAGAAUCAGAUUAUGAAUAUGAAUACCUCCUGGCUCUCAGGCUCCUCAACAAACUGCUCAUCCAUUUGCCUUUGGAUAAAUCAGAGAGUCGAGAGAAGAUUGAAAAUGUGCAGAGCAAAUUGAAGUGGAGCAAUUUCCCAGGGCUCCAGCAGCUCUUCCUGAAGGGCUUCACCUCGGUCUCGACACAGGAGAUGACGGUGCACCUCCUCAGUAAACUCAUUUCUGUUUCCAAACAUACCUUGGUGGAUCCUUCCCAGUUGUCAGGCUUUCCUCUUAACAUCCUUUGCUUGUUGCCUCACUUAAUCCAGCAUUUUGACAGUCCAACUCAGUUUUGCAAAGAAACAGCUAGUCGGAUAGCAAAGGUUUGCGCAGAAGACAAAUGCCCGACGCUAGUCCACCUGGCGCACAUGAUGAGUCUGUACAGCACACACACCUAUUCCAGAGACUGUCCCAACUGGAUCAACGUCGUGUGCAGAUACCUGCACGACUCCUUCUCUGACACCACGUUUAACCUUGUGACUUAUCUUGCAGAGCUCUUAGAAAAAGGAUUGUCCAGUAUGCAGCAGUCCCUGCUGCAGAUCAUCUAUAGUCUACUGAGCCAUAUUGACCUGUCUGCAGCCCCAGUCAAGCAGUUUAAUCUGGAGAUCAUAAAGAUUAUUGGCAAAUAUGUACAGAGUCCUUACUGGAAGGAAGCCCUUAACAUACUAAAACUGGUGGUGUCACGCUCCGCGAGUCUUGUUGUGCCCAAUGACAUCCCCAAGACCUACGGAGGAGAUAUGGGUUCUCCUGAAAUAUCCUUCACUAAAAUUUUUAAUAAUGUUUCUAAGGAGUUGCCUGGGAAGACUUUAGAUUUUCAUUUUGAUAUAUCUGAGACACCAAUUAUUGGGCACAAAUACGGCGACCAGCACGGUGCGGCCGGGAGGAGUGGGAAACCCAAGGCGGCCGCUGUCACUAGAAGCACCUCCUCGACGUCCUCUGGUUCCAAUUCCAAUGCCUUGGUCCCUGUCAGUUGGAAAAGGCCACAGUUGUCACAGCGAAGAACAAGGGAAAAGCUGAUGAAUGUGCUUUCUCUCUGUGGUCCAGAGUCCGGCCUCCCAAAGAAUCCAUCAGUCAUAUUUUCUUCUAAUGAGGAUUUGGAGGCCGCCGACCAGCAGACCAGCCUAAUUCCUACCACAGAGGACAUGAUUCAGGAGGAAGAAACAGCGAUGGAAGAUAGCAGCAGUGAGCAACAGUUUGGCGUUUUUAAGGAUUUUGACUUUUUAGACGUUGAACUGGAAGAUGCAGAGGGUGAAAGUAUGGACAACUUCAACUGGGGAGUCCGCAGGCGCUCGCUGGACAGUAUUGACAAAGGGGACACUCCCUCCCUCCAGGAGUACCAGUGCUCCAGCAGCACCCCCAGCCUCAACCUGACCAACCAGGAGGACACGGACGAGUCCUCGGAGGAGGAAGCGGCGCUCACGGCCAGCCAGAUCCUCUCACGCUCGCAGAUGUUGAACAGUGACUCUGCUGCAGAGGAAACCAUGCCAGACCAGGCCGACUUACUCCUGCAGUCUCAAGAUUCCACGGGCAGCAUCACCACAGAGGAGGUGCUUCAAAUCAGAGAUGAGACCCCAAGUUUGGAGGCUUCUCUAGAUAAUGCUAGCAGCCAGCUGCCUGAGGAUUCAAGUUCAGUGUUAAAGGAGGAGCCUGUUACAGCCUUUGAAGAUGAGGGGUCAUAUAUAAUUCAGGAACCGCAGGGUUCUUUUGUGUGUGGAGGAAUCCUUGAUUUAGAAGAAACUGAAAUGCCGGAGCCUCUUGCUCCUGAAAGCUACCCCGAGUCAAUCUGCGAAGAGGAUGUUACCUUGGCUUUGAAAGAACUAGAUGAAAGAUGUGAGGAAGAAGCAGCGGAUUUCUCUGGACUGUCCAGCAGUCAAGAUGAAGAAGAGCCGGACGGUUUUCCGGAAGGACAGACGUCACCUCUCCCGUCACCGUUCCUGUCUGCCAUCAUAGCUGCCUUUCAGCCUGCAGCCUACGAUGACGAGGAGGAGGCCUGGCGCUGCCAUGUCACCCAGAUGCUGUCUGACACCGAUGGGUCCUGUGCGGUGUUUACUUUUCAUGUGUUCUCCAGGCUGUUUCAGACAAUUCAAAGAAAGUUUACAGAGAUAACCAAUGAGGCAGUUAGCUUUCUGGGUGAGAGUCUCCAGCGCAUUGGUACCAAGUUUAAAAGUUCGUUGGAAGUGAUGAUGACAUGCUCAGAGUGCCCAGCGGUCUUUGUAGAUGCGGAAACUCUGCUGUCAUGUGGUUUGCUGGAAACACUCAAGUUCAGUGUUUUGGAAUUACAAGAACACCUGGACACCUACAACGCCAGGAGGGAGGCCGCUCAGCAGUGGUUAGACAAUUGUAAGAGGACAUUUGGUGCCAAAGACGACCUGUACAGGAUAAACACAGAUGUGCAACAAAUGGAAAUACUAGCAGAACUGGAGCUCUGUCGAAGGUUAUACAAGUUACAUUUUCAAUUGCUGCUUUUGUUCCAGGCCUACUGUAAACUUAUCAGCCAAGUAAACACAAUAAAAAAUGAAGCAGAGGUUAUCAACAUGUCAGAGGAACUUGCCCAGUUGGAAAGUAUCCUCAAAGAAGCUGAGUCUGUUUCCGAAAAUGAAGAAAUUGACAUUUCCAAAGCUGCACAAACUACGAUAGAAACUGCCAUUCAUUCUUUAAUUGAAACUCUGAAAAAUAAGGAGUUUAUAUCAGCUGUAGCACAAGUCAAAGCUUUCAGAUCUCUGUGGCCCAGUGACAUCUUUGGCAGUUGUGAAGAUGACCCCGUGCGGACACUGUUACACAUCUACUUCCACCAUCAGACCCUGGGUCAGACGGGGAUCUUUGCAGUGAUUGGCUCUGACCUGGACAUGUCGGAAGCCAACUACAAACUGAUGGAACUUAACCUGGAAAUAAGAGAGUCCCUACGCGUGGUGCAGUCGUACCAGCUUCUAGCACAGGCCAAACCAAUGGGAAACAUGGUGAGCACUGGAUUCUGAGAGACUUCAAGCAUUUAGGAAAGAAGCAAAGCUGAAGAUGGUUACUAUUGUGAACGAAGCACCUUUUAUGAACCCUUGCGAUUCACUGAUAACUUUCUGGUGGCAUCUACAAUUACAGUGUAAACAAAGAUCUAAAGAAAAAAUCUGAUUAUUUAAUAGCUGCCAGUACGAACAAGGAGUCUUUUUAAUUGCUUAACCUACGGGAAAAGAAAGGGCUAAAAGUGAUGCAUACAAAUACAUUGCUUUCUGGAGAAGGGAUUCCAGAAAUGUUUGCAAUAACGGCCUCUACUACGGGGACAGCCAAAAGCAGGUGAAAUGAGGCUGAAAUUAAGGCUGGCUCAUUUUAGCUGACGGCCUGCAAAGCUGCUUGAGUUUCCAGCAGUUGUGACGUGAUCUACAGGGAAGUCUGGUCAUCUCCAGGAACAUCCAGUCAGAUAAAAACACAAAGACUUGUUUGCAAAUACCAUUGAUUUUUCACUAUGUGGGAUAAGGGUUUGGGGUGUUCGUUUUGUUUGUUGGUCUGUAUAAGGAACUGUGUGUGUGUGUGACUUGGGAUGUGUGGCUACGUGACAGUCCUAUUUUCAAGGUAUGGCUGUUUGGUGAUAGCGUCUCAGAGCAUGCCUAAAAGAGCACUGCAAGAUUAUUUUUGAAGAAAUUUUAUUUUAUUAGAUCUAACUCUUCAUAGUGUUGUAAAUGUUAGGACAUUUUAAUAAUAUUUUAAAACUGGGCUUUCCCAGUAUUUGGAAAAGAAAUAAUAUAUCUGUUAACGUUAUUGGAAUGCUGCUCAGUUCUCUGAUCAGUGCUUAUGUUACAACUGUUGAUAACUAACCAAAGUAGCUGCCUGCAGAGACUUUAAAAUGUAAAAUAAAGGUGUGUGCUGCCCGUCAGCUAUUCUCAUUA